GCUGGGGAAGUGGGUGGACACCACGGUGGGCGAGCUUUAUGCUUUUGUGGCUGUGCUUUUCCUGAUGGGUCUGGUGAAAAAAAACAACAUCCGCGAUUACUGGACCAGUAAUCCCAUGCUCUCCACACCAUUCUUUGGGACAGUUUUUUCACAGGACCGCUACCUGCUGUUGCUGAGGUGUCUGCACUUCACCAGCAUCACCUCCACUGACCCCCUCCAAAAAAUCCGAUCCAUCUUGGCCCCAAUUAUAAAAUCCUUUAGUGAAGUCUUUUAUCCCUCCCGAGAUCUGUGCAUAGAUGAGUCCAUGGUGAAGUGGAAAGGCCGGCUGUCCUUCAAACAGUUCAUCCCAUCCAAGCGGCACCGAUUUGGCAUCAAGCUCUUUGUCUUGUGUGAUGUCUUGACAGGCUAUGUCCAGGACCUCAUAAUCUACACAGGGAAAUCAACAGACAUUGAAAUGGUCAGUGAUGUGGGAAUGUCAGGGUCUGUUGUACUGACAUUGAUGAAAUCUUUUCUCGGCAAGGGUCAUGUGCUUUACAUUGAUAAUUGGUACAGCAGCCCUAGCCUUUUUGCCCACCUUCUACAUCACAAGACUGGCGCCUGUGGUACCGUCAGGUCCAAUCGGAAGGGAAUGCCAAAAUUCAGGGCCAAAAUGACAAAAGGUGAGGUGGAGCACUUCAACACAGGAAAGAUGCUGGCCACAAAGUGGCAUGAUAAGCGGGAUGUCUAUGUGCUGUCCACUGUACAUUCGGGAACCAUGGUGACAACAGGAAAAGUGGACUAUGCCACGGGGGAGAGGGUUACAAAGCCCCUCUGUGUCCUUGAAUACAACAAAAAAAUGGGGUCUGUGGACAAUUUGGAUAAACGGAACACAUUUGUUGAUUGCUCCAGAAAGACUUUCAAGUGGUACAAAAAGCUGUUUUUUUACAUCCUGGAUGUGGCUGUAUUCAACAGCUUUGUCCUCCACCGCCAAAUUACAAAGCAGGACAUAACGUACCCACAUUUCAGGGAGAAUUUGGCGCAUCAGUUACUGGAGGAUUUCCAAACGACCCGGCGAGCUUCAUCGGGUGGGCGUCCGACACUUGACAAUCCUCUCCGCCUCUCAGCUCGCCACUUCCCUUCCCUUCUAACCCAGACGCCAGGGCAGGGGAGUCGCACAAGGCGUCGUUGCAGGGUGUGCCAUACGACAACACGGCGUCCACAGGCCCGGAUGGUCACCAAAUAUAUGUGUGUCGCCUGCGAUGUUGCCCUCUGCGUUGUCCCUUGCUUCGAGGAAUAUCAUUCACUCAAGCAUUAUUGAUCUGAAAAAAAAAACAACAACAAUAAUUAGUAUAAAUUGACAAUUGUUCCUAAUGUUAUUGUCUCUACUGUGUGUGUG